AUGGCAGCAGGUGUCUGUGUGUUGCUGAGCAUGUGGGUCGGUGUGGUCGCGUCGUUAAACGUUGACACGGCAUUCCCGCUGCUGAAGACGGGCGGAGACGGGACGCUGUUCGGCCUGUCUGUCUCUCUGCACCAUGACAUGAAGACAGAUAGAUACCUGUUAUUGGUCGGAGCUCCCAGGGAGAAGGCGGAGCCCAAUGUUCCAGCCAAUCGAACAGGAGGCGUGUACAGCUGCCCAAUCAGCAUGGACCAAUCAGAAUGCAGCAGGAUGAAGCUCAUAGAUCCAGACCUGGACCUGUCUGAGGACCUGGUUGAGGACAUGUGGUUGGGCGUCUCAGUAACCAGUCAGGGACGACCGGGGGGGCGGGUCCUGGUGUGCGGUCAUCGGUUUGUUAAACUCUACGGAGCAUUCAAACUCAGACACAUGAUUGGCCGCUGUUAUCUCCGUGGAAACGACCUGCAAUACAACGACACAGACAUGCACUGGCAGAACCCGGACCAGGCUUGCAGUCACCUGGGUGAUGUCAGCGGUGAGGUCAUGUGUAACUCGGGGAUUUCUGCAUCCAUCAGUCAGACUGAAGUCAUCGUCGGUUCACCUGGAAGCUUUGAAUGGCAAGGAAACGUCCACGUCUCCUGGAUGAAUCCUGACGUCCUCUUUGACACUCAGAGAAGUUCCUUCUCCAACCUGCAGCGCAGAAACAUUUACAUAGGAUAUUCUGUCACCCAGGCUCGCCGUCUGCUCUCUCAGGAGGAUGUUACCAUAGUAACAGGAGCUCCAAAGGACAGUAAGGAGGAUGCUCGCGGCUCCGUGCUGCUGGCCGCUAAACGAUCUGGUGAACUGAUCACUCACCAGAUUCUCCGUGGCGAGCAGAUGGGUUCGUACUUCGGGAACGCCGUGGCAACGGCGGACCUCAACAACGACGGGUGGGCCGACCUGCUGGUGGGCGCUCCUUUCUUCUUCCAGCGUCAGCAGGAAGUGGGUGGGGCCGUGUACGUCUACCUGAACGCCGGCGGUCGCUUUGACUCUACCCCCAGCGCGUCGCUGCGGGGGCCGGCCGGGUCGGCGUUCGGGAUGGCGGUCGCUGCCGCCGGGGACCUGAACCAGGAUGGCUUCCAGGACUUCGCCGUCGGAGCGCCAUUCCACGGGACGGGAAGCGUGAUGAUCUGGAGCGGGAGCAGAGAGGGCGUGUCUGCAGAACCCAGCCAGGUGAUCCAGGGCAGCAGCGUCUCUGCUGGAUUCAGGACCUUCGGGUACUCUCUGUCUGGAGGUCUAGAUGUGGACGGGAACAGAUACCCAGACCUGCUGGUGGGCUCCCUGGACCACCAGGUUGCCCUGCUCAGAACUCGUCCAGUCAUUCACCUCAAUAAAACCAUCAGAGUUUCUCCGCAUGUUGUCGACCCGGACAGCUGCGACUUCUGUAUCCAGGUGGAGGUGUGUUUCUCCUACAUGUUCAGCACCGGAGAGAAAAGCGACCGAGACAACAUCACCGUCCAUUUCUCCGUCUCUGCUGACGUCACCAGUCUUAAGCCCCGCCUCCGUUUCCGUGGCAGCGGACAGAGCGUGUCUUCUGGUGUCCUGUCGAUGCCGAAGAGACGCUGUGAGACGCUGAGCGUUGGACUGCAGAGUCCGGUCCGAAACAAAGUGGAUCCUCUGGUGUUCUCGCUGAACGUCUCUCUGCACGAGAAGCUUCCCAAGAAAAGAAACACAGUGCAGGACUUGAGGCGCCUCCCUGUCCUGAGCCAGACGCCCAGGUCCAUCAGAACCCAGAUCCACAUCCAGAAGGCCUGCGGUUCUGAUAACCGCUGCCAUAGUAACCUGCAGAUGAUGGCCCAGUUCACUGACGAGAACCAGAAACCUUUCAGAAUGCAGGAGGACCAGCAGGUGUUGUUCUAUGACGACAGCGUUCACAGAGUGUUCCUUGAGGUUAACAUUAGCAACACGCCGUCCCUGGGCCGGCCGGCAGAGGACGCUCACAGCGCCGCUCUGACCGUCGACAUCCCAUCAGCACUCGACUACUCCGGAGUCCGAACCAAGGGAGACCUGCAGGCGGUGAAGUGUUCUGUUGAAGACACCGUUCUCCUCUGUGAGCUUGGGAACCCGUUCAAGAAGAACCAGAAGGUUCAGGUGUUGAUCAUAUUUCAGCCAUCUGAGAUCAGUUUGGACACCAGAGAAAUACAUUCUGUUCUGCAGCUGUCCACGCUCAGCGACCAGUUGGAUCUGUCUCCUGUCUCCGUCUCCUUGUUGGUGGAGUAUUCUCUGCAGACGUCUCUCACUCUGAUCAAUCCGCCAGGCCCCACCUCCUUCAGUGGUCAUGUGACCGGUGAGUCGGCAAUGAAGCAGACGGAGGAUGUCGGCAGUCUGCUGCUCUUCAGCCUGCAGGUGCUCAUUAGGGGGAAGCCUCUGGGUAACCUGGGCAGCCUGCAGGUGGAGUUUGAUUGGCCGAUGGAGGCGUCCAAUGGGAAGUGGCUGCUGUACUUGUCGGAGAUCCAGGUGAGCGGCACGUCGGCAGCUCACUGCACUCCGCCCGGCAAUGUAGUCAACCCCCUCGACCUGCUGCUGUCAAGGGUUGAAAACAGGAGGAGGAGGAGGAGUCUGCAGGAUGAGGAGCAGGAGGAGGAGAAGGAGGAGCAGACAGAAAAGGUUCUACCUGUCUUCCACCUGCAGGGACAGAAGGAGAAGUCCUACACUUUGGACUGCAUGCACGGCGCUAACUGUGUGAGGUUCGUCUGUCCUCUGAUCAAGAUGAACGACUCAGCAAUUCUGACACUCAGAGCUCGACUCUGGAACUCCACCAUGAUGGAGGACUUCAGUGAUGCGAGGAGUGUGUUGGUUCGAGGGAGAGCGACACUGAAGCUGCAGACUGACAAACCAACCAUCACCAUGGAGCCUCACAGCACAGAGAUUGAAGUCUACAUUUAUCCAGACCCUAGGCAGCAGGUGGACUCAGGCGCCCCCCUGUGGAUCAUUGUAGUGUCUGUCCUGGCUGGAGUGUUCCUGCUGGCUGUGAUCUGCCUGCUGCUCUGGAAGUGUGGUUUCUUCGUGCGUCGGCGGGCAUGGCGGGCUGCAGCACUCCACCAGGGGAGGAUUCUGGGUAAAGAUGAGCAGCACACCGACGCCGAUGGUUUCCUGAUCCAAGACCACACUCCCUCAUCCAGAACCAGGAGGUCAGCCAAACACUGGGUCACCUCCUGGACCGAGACCAGAGACUGACGGUACCACAGAAUCACACCCUGAACUGGACCAAACUGGACUACACACCCUGAACUGGACCAACACACCCUGAACUGGACCAGACUGGGCCAACACACCCUGAACCAGAUGAAACCAGACCUACACACCCUGAACUGGACCAAACUGGACUUAUAUACCCUGAACCGGACCAACACACCCUGAACUGGACCAAACUGGGCCAACACACCCUGCACCGGACCAAAGUGGACCUACACACUCUGAACUAGAUCAAACCAGACCUACACACCCUGAACCGGACCACGCUGGACCUACACACCCUGAAUCAGGCCAAACCAAAGCAACACAUCCUACACCGGACCAAAUCGGUCCCACAUACCUUGAACUGGACCAAAUCGGUCCCACACACCCUGAACUGGACCAAAUCAGACCAACACACCCUGAACCGGACCAAAUUGUACCCACACACCCUGAACCGGUUAAACCGGACCUACACACUCUGAACCAGGCCAAACCAGACCAACACACCCUGAACCGGACCAAAUUGGACCUACACACCCUGAACCGGACCAAAUUGGACUUACACACCCUGAACCGGACCAGACCAGUCCAACACACUGCCAUUUAAUACCUGCUGAACUCUGUAUGUGUGUGUUUAUAUAUUUGUAUGAUUUUCUGUGAACUGCAUUUCCCACCAUCCUCUUGAGGCCUCUGAGUAAAAUUAUGAAGUGUUUACUAUAUAGACGUGUCUAAAGACAGUUUAAAGACUCAUUAAUGGAAGAAUGCGGCGGCAGACAGGUUUGAUGUGUUUGUGUGUUUAAACGCUGCCUUCAAGGGCUUCUUGUAAACUAAGUGAAAACGUGAGUUGUAGUUUUCAUUUUAUAAACGACUGUUUUUCUGUCCUUUCACUGCCUUUUUAUAUAGUUGUGAUAUUUCUGACAGCACAUGAAAGCGUGUGUUCUGUGGACGUGAUUUCUGUGUGUCCGUGUAUUUCUGUAUGUCAACGAUAUUAAAGUAUUUAUUUCAUA